AGAUCCAUUUUCAUCAUCCACCAGAUUCGAGAAUCAUCAUUAUUUGAUCUCAUCUCUUACCAUCUAUCGCUAUAUGUGAUUUUUAAUUCACAGUCUCUCUCUCCAGUAUAUACCAGUCAUCUAGUUUAUACACUAAGAUUCUCCUCCCAUGAUGGAGUUCCAUAAUCUGAUGUUUGAAAGACUUACCGAGUUUCCCGUUAUCGUUUGUCGUGAAUGUCGAUACGCUGUGUGGGCUAACCAGAUUGAAGGCCAUUUAAAGCAAGCGCAUCGCCAUAUAUUAAUGAGUGUGCGAAAGCAACUGGCCAAGGAGAUUUGUAGCUGGCCGGAUAUCGCGAUUGAGCCCAUUGAGUUAGAUAUUUCACCUACUCGAACCCAUGCAAUCCUGCAACUGAUUGGCCCAUUACGGCGACAUUGGCGGGAGCAGCAUGACUGGUGCCGGUCAUCCAAGUAUGGUCAUCCAACUAAGAAGGAGCAGAUUGCUAUCCGGCAGAAGCAGGAGCGAGUAUGUCAACCAGUGAAGUGCCAGCGAUUAUUUCCGCGAAAGAUGGGAUCCCAGUACUUUGCAAUUAUUGAUAACCAUGAUAGUACGGAUGAGGCUGAUUCUCCAUCAUUAUCCAACGCUGCAACAUUCUGGGAGCAAGCCAACGCUAAAUUUGCCGAGUUUGAGAAGAAGCUGGCGGAGAAGAUCGCCCAAGGACAUGUGGAUGAGGCCAACCCAUGGCUUCGUCGAACCGGAUGGUUGCUAUAUUUAAAACCGUUCACAUUUCAUAAAUUGCAGGCAUUAAUCGAGGCACCAGAGCCACCCAGUGAGGAUGAGAACCAGAGUGCCGCCAUCCCCGAUACCGAAACAGCGGAGAAACGUACCGCGUGGGCAGUAUGGAGUGCCAUGGGGGAAGUGGGACGACUCAGCCAGCUCUCCGUGUUGCACAUGGGCGUAUUUGUCCGCAUGGAAGCCAUUCGUUCCGAGAGAAAUCAGACGCGGUAUCAGCCACUGGAGGCAUAUCAGGAUGCCAACGCGGUGACGGAUCGAGUACGUCCGUGGCAGCAGAUCUUGAUGUUUUUUUGGCGAACGCAGCAGCAGUCUGAGUCCCAAGAGCGUCAAUCGCAAUAUCGCUUUACACGACGGCAGAAAGAGGCAUGGAAACGAUUGGUGCAGAUCGCACAAUCUUGA